CACGAUGAAGCGGGCGCUGGCCUGGCUGCUGCUGCUGUCGCUGGGGCUGGACUGGGCCUCGGCCCAGCCGGGAGGGCUGCCGCCGGCCAAGAAGCUGCGCAUGGCCUACGCCACGGGGCCGCUGCUCAAGUUCCAGAUCUGUGUUUCCUGAGGAUACAGGCGGGUGUUUGAGGAGUACAUGCGGGUUAUUAGCCAGCGGUACCCAGACAUCCGCAUUGAAGGAGAGAACUACCUUCCUCAACCUAUUUAUAGACAUAUAGCGUCCUUCCUGUCAGUCUUCAAACUAGUGUUAAUAGGCUUCAUUAUUGUCGGCAAGGAUCCUUUUGCUUUCUUUGGCAUGCAAGCUCCAAGUAUCUGGCAGUGGGGCCAAGAAAAUAAGGUCUAUGCUUGUAUGAUGGUUUUCUUCCUGAGCAACAUGAUUGAGAACCAGUGUAUGUCAACAGGUGCAUUUGAAAUAACUUUAAAUGAUGUUCCAGUAUGGUCUAAGUUGGAAUCUGGGCACCUUCCUUCCAUGCAGCAACUUGUUCAGAUCCUUGAUAAUGAAAUGAAACUCAAUGUGCACAUGGAGCAAAUGCCACAUCAUAGAUCAUAGCCCCAUCCAUCAGUACUGAAAAAUUCUUACAUUAAGAGCCACUUUCCAAAGGCAGCGUGAACGAAAUGAAUGAUGGCCUGUACUGAAGACAGCAAGCUGUUGGUACAGACUGGAUGCUCUCCUCGCCUUCAUGUUGUACUUCCAGAAAAAUCUUAAUGCAAGACUCUUUUCAGUGCUGGAAUGUUUCCAAUUACUGCACAUUCAUGGAGUGCAAUAAUACUGUAUAGAUUUU